GGCACCUUUCCUCCAAUCACUGCUCGCAUUUAGAUAAACCAACCAAUGGUAUUAAGCUUUUCAUCACUGUAGGCGGAACUUCCGGUUCCCUGUAUAAACCGAGCGAGGCCUCUCCAUGCGGUUUGGAUCCGGCAGUUUGAGAGCUAACGUCGUGCAGAGAAACUCGUAAACACAUCUAUAAUGGCUGAGAAUGACGAAAAUGAGCUGCUCGAUUAUGAAGAGGAUGAGGAGCCACAAGGAGCCCCUGAGAGUGCAGCUCCCACAGGGAAGAAGGAGGUGAAGGGAUCCUACGUUUCCAUCCACAGCUCCGGCUUCAGGGAUUUUCUUCUGAAACCAGAACUGCUUCGCGCCAUCAUAGACUGUGGUUUUGAGCAUCCAUCUGAAGUCCAGCAUGAAUGCAUCCCGCAGGCCAUCCUCGGCAUGGACAUCCUGUGCCAAGCUAAGUCUGGUAUGGGCAAGACGGCUGUGUUUGUCUUGGCCACGCUGCAGCAGAUUGAACCUGUUGAUGGGCAGGUAUCUGUAUUAGUCAUGUGCCACAUAAGAGAGCUGGCCUUCCAGAUCAGCAAAGAGUACGAGCGUUUCUCCAAGUACAUGCCCACUGUGAAGUGUGCCGUGUUCUUUGGAGGCAUGCCCAUCAAGAAGGACGAGGAAACCCUAAAGAAGAACUGCCCUCACAUCGUCGUGGGAACGCCCGGUCGCAUCCUCGCUCUCAUCCGCAACAAGACCCUAAGUCUGAAAAAUGUUAAACAUUUCGUCCUGGAUGAGUGCGACAAGAUGUUGGACCAGCUGGACAUGAGGCGUGACGUGCAGGACAUCUUCAGGAUCACGCCCCACGAGAAGCAGGUCAUGAUGUUCAGCGCAACCUUGAGUAAGGAGAUCCGACCGGUCUGCCGCAAAUUCAUGCAGGAUCCGAUGGAGGUGUUUGUUGACGAUGAAACCAAACUCACACUCCAUGGCCUGCAGCAGUACUACUGCAAGCUGAAGGACAGCGAGAAAAACCGCAAGCUCUUCGACCUUCUUGAUGUCCUGGAGUUUAAUCAGGUGGUGAUCUUCGUCAAGUCUGUGCAGCGAUGCAUCGCUCUGUCUCAGCUUCUGGUGGAGCAGAAUUUCCCGGCCAUCGCCAUCCACAGAGGAAUGGUUCAGGAGGAAAGGCUCUCACGCUACCAGCAGUUCAAGGACUUCCAGAGGCGGAUCUUGGUGGCGACCAACCUCUUUGGCAGAGGGAUGGAUAUCGAGAGAGUCAACAUCGUGUUCAACUAUGACAUGCCGGAAGAUUCUGACACCUAUUUGCACAGGGUUGCCCGUGCUGGUCGGUUCGGAACCAAAGGCCUGGCGAUCACCUUUGUGUCUGACGAGACCGACGCCAAGACCCUGAACGACGUGCAGGACCGCUUUGAGGUCAACGUGGCUGAGCUGCCGGAUGAGAUCGACAUCUCGUCUUACAUUGAACAGUCCAGAUGAGUUCCUCGGCCCUAAGCGAAGUCUCCUCCUCCUCCUGGAUCCAGUCUUUUAUUUUGAAGUAGCUGUACUUCACUGAUUUGGAAGCUCUGCACGUUUGUUCGCUCUUUUUUUUUUUUUGUCGUCAUUCAUCGGGAAGGGGCGGGGUUGUGAUUUUAAUUUGUCUUUUAUGGUUUGGUUUUUGUUUUUCCUGAUUAAAAUUUUUUUUAUAAAAUGCCAUUUUUAUCCUUGUCUCAUGAAACUGUCUCUGGGUUGUUUUGAGUGUGGAGAUAAACGUUAAUAGACUGGAGGAAUCACUUGGAGCCGUUUUGUUUUCUUUACCCCUAGUUAGAGUUGUAUUGUAGGGUUUUAUAUUUUUCUCUAAAGUUUAAAGUAAUCUGUUGGUCUUAAGAUUUGAGUAAACAGACUGACUCACACGGCAGCUGUUGUUCUGAGUUUCUAAUGGAAUGCCUUCGAUAAAUUAAGUCAACAAGUUGAGUCCUAGUGAAGAAAUGGCCCCUUUUGAGCAGAGUAUCCUAUUGAGGCACUGUACCAAAAAAAUUGAUUCUCACUAUGUAUGUUUUGGUGUGUAAAACUGAAAAUAAACCGGAACCAAACAAAUGA